AUGCUCUCCCGCCUCAUCUGCUAUCCUCUCCCGUUUCAUCUGCUAUUCUCUUCAGCCUCACCUGCUAUCCUCUCCCGCCUCACCUGCUAUUCUCUUCCGCCUCACCUGCUAUCCUCUGUCGCCUCACCUGCUAUCCUCUUCAGACUCACCCGCGAUCCUCUUCCGCCUCACCUGCUAUCCUCUCUCGCCUCAUCUGCUAUCCUCUCUCCCCUCAUCUGCUAUUCUCUUCCGCCUCACCCGCGAUCCUCUUCCGCCUCAUCUGCUAUCUUCUUCCGUCUCACCUGCUAUCCUCUCCCGCCUCACCUGCUAUGUUUUCCCUCUUCAUCUGCUAUCCUCUUCCGCAGCAUCGCUGAAUAUCUAUCUAUCUAUCUAUCUAUCUAUCUAUCUAUCUAUCUAUCUAUCUAUCUAUCUCAGUCUGUUUAUGUAUCUAUCAAUCUCAAUCUAUCUAUCUAUCUAUCUAUCUAUCUAUCUAUCUAUCUAUCUAUCUAUCUAUCUCAGUCUGUUCAUUAUCUAUCUAUCUAUCUAUUCCUUAUUAAGUUACAUGCCUUGAAUUAUUUAACCCCGCAAAUUUCUUCAGAAAAAAAUAUACGGAUAUCUGAAAGAGAUGCAUAUCUGCAUAUUCAGUUAUUGAUGAUGUUGAAUGUUCAAUCUAUCUAUAUAACCGCAAAAACCCGUAUCUAUCUAUAUAACCGCAAAACCCCGUAUCUAUCUAUCUAUCUAUCUAUAUAUCUAUCUAUCUAUCUAUCUGUCCGCGGUUAUCCCGUAUCUAUCUAUCUAUCUAUAGACAGAUAG